UCUCUUCUUCAUUCCAGAAUGGCGUCUGCGUGUCUGAGAGAGGAGCUGAGCUGCUCCAUCUGCCUGAGCCUUUAUACAGACCCUGUAUCCCUGAGAUGUGGCCACAACUUCUGCCGGGACUGCAUUGUGAGGGUGCUGGAUACACAGGAGGAGGCUGGAGAAUAUUCCUGUCCGGAGUGCAGGGCAGAGUAUCAGGAACGCCCAGCACUGGAGAAGAACAGGAAGCUGAGUAACAUUGCAAAGCAUUUUCUCCUCACUCCACUGCACUCGGAGGAGUCUGGGGUCUCUUGUAUGUAUUGUCUCCAGGCUCCUGUUCCAGCUGUGAAAACCUGCCUGCAGUGUGAGACCUCCCUGUGUGAGGACCACCUGAGGGUACACAACAAGUCCCUGGAUCAUGUUCUGAUUGAGCCAACGUCUUCCCUGGAGAACAGAAAAUGUCAGACUCACAAGAAACUUCUUGAGUACCAUUGCUGUGAGGAUGCUGCCUGUAUCUGUGUCUCCUGCUUUGUAACAGGACCACACAAAGGACACCAGGUGCAGUCACUGGAUGAGGCCGUCAGGGUGAAAAAGAAGAAAUUGAGAGAUCAUCUGGAGAAACUGACUUCCAGGACCGGAGAUAUGGAGAAAAGAGUCCAGAGUCUGCAGGACCACAGGAGAAAGGUGCAGGAGAAAGUGGCUGAUGCCACAGAGCGAGUUACUGACCUGUUUUUGGAUCUUAGGAAACAGCUGCAAGACCUGGAGACCCGAGCACUGAGUGAGAUCUCCAGGCAGGAAGACGAGAUCUUGUUAGGAAUCUCGGACCUGAUCCAGCAGCUGGAAACACAGAAGGGCGAGCUGUCCAGGAUGAUGGGUCACAUUGAAGAGCUGUGCAAUGUGGCUGACCCACUGACUGUCUUACAAGAUGGAGAAUCGGACCAAAGUGACCUUGAGAAUUCUGCAAAGAUCGAUCAUACACAGGGUGGUGAUGAGAAGGACUUUGAUGAAGGCUUGGUCACAGUAAUCUUACACACAGCAUUAUCUGAGUUAUCUGCUGGUGCAAAAGGAAGAUUCUGUGUGCCGGAGGCUACUGCUCUAUCACUGGAUAUAAACACCGCUACGAAUAAUGUGUUUGUAAAACCUGCAUCAUGCUCACAAACACAGUCGUUCUGGGAUCCAAUAGACUAUAUUUUUGACGAUUCUGACUGGAAAAUCGUGGAUGAUAUCGCAUCGUUUGCCCAUCGUCUAAUGUGUACCCAGCUUUACUGUCAGGUCCUAAGUAAUACUGUGUUUUCCAAAGGACAGCAUUACUGGGAAGUGGAGGCCAGUAACUCUGCAUACUGGAUGGUCGGGGUGGCCUGUGCCAGUAUAGACCGCAAAGGGAUGGAAUCCAAACUUGUUGUUAAAGAACUGAGUAGCUGGCCUGCAUUCUCCCAGUGCUCAGGUAACCUGUAUUCCUUCAGCUUGUUAGGGAGCGGAGUAGCUGGCCUGCAUUCUCCCAGUACUCGGCUUGUUGUUAAAGAACUGAGUAGCUGGCCUGCAUUCUCCCAGUGCUCAGGUAACCUGUAUUCCUUCAGCUUGUUAGGGAGCGGAGUAGCUGGCCUGCAUUCUCCCAGUACUCAGCCCCUUAGAACGUUUAACCAGCCUCCGUUUUCAGUUCCCAAUGUCUCUAGCGUAAAUUCCAUGCAGAAAGAGUCAAGUCAAAUGGCGUCUGUGUGUCUGAGAGAGGAGCUGAGCUGCUCCAUCUGCCUGAGCCUUUAUACAGACCCUGUAUCCCUGAGGUGUGGGCACAACUUCUGCCGGGACUGUAUUGUGAAGGUGCUGGAUACACAGGAGAAGGCUGGGGGCUAUUCCUGUCCGGAAUGCAGGGCAGAGUAUCAGGAACGCCCAGUACUGGAGAAGAACAGGAAGCUGAGUAACAUAGCAAAGCAUUUUCUCCUCACUCCGCUGCACUUGGAGGAGCCCGGGGUCUCCUGUAUGUAUUGUCCCCAGGCUCCUGUUCCAGCUGUGAAAACCUGUCUGCAGUGUGAGACCGCCUUGUGUGAGGACCACCUGAGGAUACACAACAGGUCCCUGGAUCAUGUUCUGAUUGAGCCAACGUCUUCCCUGGAGAACAGAAAAUGUCCGACCCACAAGAAACUUCUUGAGUACCAUUGCUGUGAGGAUGCUGCCUCUAUCUGUGUCUCCUGCUUUGUAACAGGACCACACAAAGGACACCAGGUGCUGUCACUGGAUGAGGCUGUCAGGGUGAAAAAGAAGAUAUUGAGAGAACAUCUGGAGAAACUGACCUCAAGGACUGGAGAUAUGGAGAAAAGAGUCCAGAGUCUGCAGGACCACAGGAGAAAGGUGCAGGAGAAAGUGGCUGAUGCCACAGAGCGAGUUACUGACCUGUUUUUGGACCUCAGGAAGCAGCUGCAAGACCUGGAGACCCAAGUCCUGAAUGAGAUCUCCAGGCAGGAAGAAGAGAUCUCGUUAGGAAUCUCAGACCUCAUCCAGCAGCUGGAAACACAGAAGGGCGAGCUGUCCAGGGUGAUGGGUCAUAUUGAGGAGCUGUGCAACAUGGCUGACCCACUAACUGUCUUACAAGAUGAAGAAUCAGACCUAGGCGACUUUGAGAAUUCUGCAAAGGUGGACCUUACACAGGGUGGUGAUGAGAAGGACUAUGAUGAAGGCUUGGUCACCGUAAUCUUACAUACAGCAUUAUCGGAGUUAUCCGCUGGUGCAAAAGGAAGAUUCUGUGUGCCGGAGGCUACUGAUCUAUCACUGGAUAUAGAUACUGCUACAAAUAAUGUGAUUGUCUCAGGAGAUCUGAAAUUUGCCUCCUGGUCACAAGCACAGCAGGGUCGUGAGGAAAAGCCAGAGAGGUUUAUGUCUUUCUGUCAGGUGUUAAGUAAAACCACUUUUUCCAAAGGACAACAUUACUGGGAAGUGGAGGCCAGUAACUCUGCAUACUGGAUGGUAGGGGUGGCCUGUGCCAGUAUAGACCGCAAAGGAGAGAGUUCCAAGGUGGGAAAUAAUACCAAGUCCUGGUGUUUGAACAGGGUUGAUAAUCGUCACUUAAUGAUGCAUAACUCUGUGUCCACCACGUUAUAUCCAGAGUCUCCCGUGUGCAGAUUAGGAAUAUACCUGGACUAUGAGGCCGGGCGUCUGUCCUUCUAUCAGCUGUGUGACUCCAUCAGACACUUACACACCUUCUCCGCCACCUUCACUGAGCCCCUGCAUGCUGCCUUUCUGGUAUGGCAAAAUGGAUGGGUCAGGCUAAAAUGCUAGAUACGUGUAUGAGGUAAUGCACCUUCCAGUCUCCUUUUUACUUGUUAGUAAAAGCUGCAGGAAGGCAUAUAAACUACCUUCCCCUUUACUUAGCUGUUAUCCGUGCUUUUCAGUCAUGAAUUUAAAUCAUUGGGAGGAUUUUCUGUUGUCCUGAGAUAAAGUAGUGUUGCUCUCUGUAGGCAAAGCAGGAAUCACUGUGCCUUAUACAGGGACAAUGGAAAGAAAUACACUCUCCUGACAUCGGACUCAGGGAAAUAAAAGGCAAUGGGUUUAGUAAAUGUUGCAGGAGGGUGUAGAAGCCAAUUAAAUAAUUGCAUGUGAAGGCGGCCUCCAUGUGUGUCUCAUUUCCUAGAAUCAUCUCUAUUCUCCUCUGUAAAUGAGAAGGUGUGAGUGUAUAUUUAGGGGUGGGGAUUUGCACCCCCCCCCACCUCUUUGUCUGUUGUUUGUCUGUGGCGCCGCCCCCUUCCAGCACCUGAUAUAUAAUUAUCUCCAGGUAUCAGGGCCGGAUUAAGCGUUGGGUGGGCCUGGGGCACUUAAGAUAGGGGGGCCCUGGUGGAGGGG